AUGAACAGACGCCCAGAUGAGUACCUGCUAGCAAAGAACCAAAGACUGGACGAAUACGACGACUUCGAGAGCCCAUUUAUCCCGAUGUUCCGUGCCAAACCAUCAGCUAAAGACAGUCAGCGAUCUCUGAGGACGAUCUUCAUAUUUCUGGCGGGCGUCUCCUUGCUCGGCUUUGGAACUCUCCUGUUCAAGCCUUCGAGCUAUCUGGACAUACAGGAUGCGCCUGCGUACUCUGGUAUCGUUAACUCGCAGUCAUAUGUCCAAGGCCCACCCACCCAACGCUUCCGAGACAACCUUCGUAACGACACGAAGUACGUUACGUCGUGGAUUUCUGCAGGAUGGACGAAUGACGUGAUGACCUAUGGAAAUUUGAUUUACCUCGCACUCAUAACAGAGCGCAUACCCAUAAUCGGGAAGUUCACCCCUUCUCACGUCGACAACAGCGCACCUCCAUUUGCUUUUGGCGAAGUGAUCGACGUCCCUCGGCUUACCCAAGCUAUAGGGAUUCCCUUACUUGAAUGGCACGAAGUAAAGGACUCGGAAAGUCAGGUUCUCGAUGAUCUUGGUUGUUGGAGUGUUUGGGAAACCGUACAAAACGAGGAUCCCCAUCCACGAGGAAGUCCCUCCUUGAACUGGCUCAAGCUCGAUAUCUCGUGGACGCGAACUCCAGAUUGGGUCAAACUGACACCUCCUGGCAUCCAAGACAAGCAUGCUUCCUUUUGGUCCCUUGCAACGCUUGGGUUCCCGGAGGCCCGUUCGAAUAGCCUGGGUCUAACGAACCGUCCCUCUCCUCAGCAUCAGGUUUCACUUCCCCCGGACGAUCAGGUUCUAUGCUUCGAUUACCUUUACUACAUAGGCGCCCAAAAUGCCUGGGAAUGGGAAUCGGACUAUUCUCCUGCAUGGAGAUAUGUAGGUCAACACAUGCACUGGAAUACAAGUCUCGAAAGGCUCGCCGAUGCGCAUGCCCGACGUGCCAUGAACGUUCCAGUAGAUGAACCAACACCACCCUAUAUAGCCAUCCACAUACGGCACGGCGACUUCCGCAAUCACUGUAAUGACAUCCCUUUGGAUCAGUGUUUCGCCCCAUUGUCUGCCAUUGCGCGCAGGGUAUCCGAGGUGCAAGAGGAGCUUCGCACACAAAAAGGCAUCGAGGUUACACAGGUUAUUAUGACGAGUGAUGAACGUGACCCGGAAUGGUGGUCUCAGGUAAGGGCGUUGGGCUGGACAUGGGUAGAUUUUGCCAUGGAGCGCACAGAGGAGAUCUAUGGAAAGUGGUAUCCGGUGUUCAUUGACGCUGUGAUUCAGUCGAACGGAGCCGGGUUUGUCGGCACACACGGCUCCACAAUGACCACCGUAGCUCGCCGCAGAGUGGAGUCGUGGCGUGGCGGACCAACUCGGACUGUUAGAUGGGGGUGGCCGGGAGCUGAUGACCACUAAUUUCGUGAUCGGAACGGUGGAACGAAGAUGAUCAGAAAUGACAUAGCGUCCCGCAUACCAUUGGCUGAAAUGAUCUUUAUCGUUGCAUUUUUAGACUAGUAUAUCUAAGUCGCUCAUAUGGACACACCAGGACACACCUCAUUUACCAACCAUUAAUUUAAUACUUAUAACGGGUUUGAUAACGGGCUUGGCAUAAAUCAGCCGUUGAUGCAAAGAUAUCAAAUGUAGGGACUUCUACCCUCGGAUACCAUGGCAGGUUGGAGCGCCGUUGAGCUGCCUGACGAUGCAGCGUGCCCCAUUUCUUGUACCAACUUGAUAGCAUAUCAAAAAAUCAUCGUUCAUUCAAGGCGGCCGACGGAGUAUAUACAGAUGCCAGCCUAAUCGU